AUGGGUGGCGGAAGAGAAAUCAAGAGCAAGAGCUCAUACCCGGCCCUCGCAUCCCGACCCGUUGGACAAUGGAUCUCCAAUCUCUACAAGGAUAGAAUUAACCAAUUCUACUCUCGAGGACAAUGGGAGAAGCACAACCUCCUGGCUAUGAUGACUGAGGGCACCGCAUCGGGCGAGCCUCAUGUUAAAUUGUCUGUCUGGGACGCGCCCGACACCACUCGCCCGACCUUUGAUGACGCCGUCUCGCACAAAUUCAAGAACACUGAAGUCGGCGCCUGGUUUGGCCCGUCAUGGUCCACCCACUGGUUCAAAGUCAUCCUGACCGUUCCGAAAGAGCUGCGGGACAAGGACUUGCUUGAACUCCACUGGGACGCCAACAAUGAGGGUCUCAUCUGGACCGAAGACGGCAAGCCGCUCCAGGGCUUGACCGGCGGUGGCGAGCGAACCGAAUGGAUUCUACCCAAGGAGUUCCGGGACGGAAAAGAGCACACCGUUUACAUUGAAAUGGCCUGCAAUGGCAUGUUUGGAAACGCGGCCGGCGGAGACACGAUUCAACCUCCGGACCCUAACAAGUACUUCCGCCUUGGCCAAGCCGAGAUCGUUGCUGUCAACCCCGAGGCACGAGCACUCUACAUUGAUAUUUGGAUCAUUGGCGAUGCUGCGCGAGAAUUCCCCCAAGACUCUUGGGAGCAGCACAAGGCUCUCAAGGUUGCUACCGACGUCAUCGAUGCAUUUGAGCUCGGCAACAAGGACUCCAUUCUGAAGUGUCGGAAAAUCGCCCAGGAGUACCUGGGCCCGCACGUCGACUCGCACAAGGUAUACAGCACCGACAAGGAGCCUCAAGUCUACGGCAUCGGCCAUUGUCAUAUCGACAGCUGCUGGCUCUGGCCCUGGGCUGAGACGAAGCGCAAGGUUGCUAGAUCCUGGUCCAACCAGUGCGACUUGAUGGACCGCUACCCCGAGCUGAAUUUUGCCUGCUCGCAAGCCCAGCAAUACAAGUGGCUGAAGGAGCUUUACCCCUAUGCUUUCGACCGCGUCAAGACCAAGGUUAAGGAGGGCAGGUUCCACCCCAUUGGUGGUAGCUGGGUCGAACAUGACACCAACAUGCCCAGUGGUGAAUCUCUUGUUCGACAGUUCUUGUACGGCCAAAGAUUUUUCGAAAGCAACUUCGGCGAGCGUUGCCAGACUUUCUGGCUCCCCGACACAUUCGGAUACUCGGCCCAGCUUCCCCAGCUCUGCCGGCUUGCUGGCAUGAACCGCUUCCUUACGCAGAAGCUCAGCUGGAACAACAUCAACAAGUUCCCGCAUACGACCUUCAACUGGGUUGCGCUUGAUGGAAGCCAAGUCAUCUGUCAUAUGCCCCCCUCAGAAACCUAUACUGCCGAAGCCCACUUUGGCGACGUAAAGAGGAGUGUCAGCCAGCACAAGUCAAUGGACCAAGACCACACCUCCUUGCUCGUGUUUGGCAAGGGGGAUGGCGGCGGAGGCCCUACCUGGCAGCACCUCGAGAAGCUUCGCAGAUGCCGCGGUAUAUCCGAUCAGGUAGGCAUGUUGCCUAGAGUGCACAUGGGAAAUAGUGUCGACGACUUUUUCGACAAGCUCGAGCCGAAGGCUACAGAGUUCGUCACAUGGUAUGGCGAGCUCUACUUUGAGCUUCACCGCGGCACGUACACCACGCAGGCGAACAACAAGCUCAACAACCGCAAAUCCGAGAGUCUGCUCAGGGAGGUUGAAUGGCUCGCCACUAUCGCGACGCUCAGCGACAGUGGCAAGAGCUACAAGUAUCCCAAGAAGGAGAUUGAUGACAUGUGGGAGGCCGUUCUGCUUUGUCAGUUUCACGACUGCUUGCCAGGCAGUUCCAUUGAGAUGUGCUACGAUGAUUCGGACGAGCUCUAUGACAUGGUUUUCAAGACCGGCAAUAAGAUUCUCGAAGACAUUCACGGCGUGCUGGGUACAUCCACUAUCACCAAUGGCCGCAUCGCAGAGACUUUCGCGUUGAACACUCUCCCCUGGCAUCGACGAGAGGUUGUCGAGAUUUCGGACACGGAAGCUGGUGUUGCCUGUGGCGAGGGCCAGUUGUUGGCCAUUCGCCCCUUCAAGAUCUCAAAGGAGGAGCCGGCGGUAACUGUUGAGGAAGUUAGCGCUGGCGUAUUUGUGCUGCAAAACGACCAGCUCCGCGUCAAGGUCGAGGACGGUGUCAUCACUUCUCUCUAUGACCGCGCUGCCGAUCGCGAGGUCAUUGAGAAGGGUGGCAAGGCCAACCAGUAUGUCAUCUUCGACGACAAGCCGCUCUACUGGCAAGCCUGGGACGUUGAAGUCUACCACCUCGAUACGAGAAAGGAGCUUCGCUGUGGUAAGACAUCGAUUUCGGAACAGAAGGCGCACCGCGUCAGCUUGACGACCGAGAUCAAGGUCAGCGAGGAGAGCUCAAUCAAGUCUACGAUCACGCUUUCGGCAGCCUUGAAGGGGGUGCAGUCUUGGGUUGAAUGCCACGCUGAAGUCGAUUGGCAUGAGUCUAUGAAGUUCUUGAAGGUCGAGUUCCCUGUUGACGUCAGAAACACCGAGGCGUCUUACGAGACGGCCUGGGACAUGGCCAAGUUCGAAGUCUGCUGCCACCGUUUCGCCGAUCUCUCCGAGCACAACUAUGGCGUUUCCAUCCUCAACGACAGCAAGUAUGGGUUCGCAACCGUCGGCAACCUACAGCGUCUUUCUCUCUUGCGAUCACCCAAGGCCCCUGACGCUCAUGCUGACAUGGGGACCCAUCAAAUUCGCUGGGCAAUCUUCCCUCACGAGGGAUCCUUGGGUUCUUCGACUGUCCGGGCAGCGUAUGCCUUCAACAACCCUCUGAGACUCCUAUCGGCGCCCAGAGCCGUACAGGCGUCUCUCAACAAGAGCCCCGUCAAGCUUACAGGAGACGGCUCUCUCAUCCUCGACACCGUGAAGCGUGGCGAAGACGAUGAGGAUGUGACUCGCGGCGAGCUUCCGAAGCGCAAGGGGCGCAACGUCAUAUUGCGUGUGUACGACAGUCUCGGCGGUCAGAGCAAGGGUGUAAUCGAGACCACCUGGGACGUCAAGCGCGUUUUCAAGAGUAACCUGUUGGAGGAUGACAUUGAAGAAAUCAAGAUCGAGGGUGGGAAAUUCCCGAUUACGCUGCGACCCUUUGAGAUUGCAACCUACCGCCUGGAGUUGUAG